AUGUUUCCAAAUAAUAUUAAUGAAAGUGACAAUGAUAUUAAUGACGGGAUAAAUGGGUGGAUUUUUGAGCUUUUAACUUGUAAAUCUAAUAUUGCACCACAUAUCUGUCAAUAUUUACUGCAAAUCGAGUCCGAAGAUGU